AUGAGGUGUCUGCGUAAUGUUAAUGCUCUUAGCGGGGCCACGAGGGAAGCACUGGCGAGGGUUAUCAUGACCUUUGAAGUGAAUGGCAAGUAUGCUGACCUUGUGGAGACCUUUGGGUCGGCGGGUCUCUGGAACGAGGCCAGCAAGACCUUGGACGAGUUUGAUGAGCUUGUCGUUGACGGGUGCGGAAUCCUGAUGGACAUGCCGGAUAUGGUAGUUGGUUUGAAGAACGUGGACCACGUGCAGCUGUCCACAGAGGAGCUGGAAGAACUGCACGCCGCAUUUGGGCGCAGGAGGGAGUUCCGUGCUCAUGUGCUGGUAGCGCUUGGUGACUGUCUGUGUGCUUUCGCAGAAGUCGCAAGACAGCACCCUGACGCGAUGCCGGAGGCGAUGCGGGACCGCGUGCGCGCUUUUGCGAACGCGCUCGACAGCCAUGGCCUUGGAGAUCUACCGAAGGCAGCCCUAUCGAGUGAACACGCCACACGUGUCGAGGACCAGAAGUUCGUCCUGCGCAGACUCGUCCGAUGCCCCGUGGAGGCAGAGAAGCAUGUCAAGACCUGCAGCGUCCCGACAUAUGUCGCAUCCGCAUCAGAAAUGAUCCUAGACGAGUGGACCAAGGCUGAAGCUAUAUUGAGCAACCCAGUUCCCCAGGGUAGUGUCUGCGUGGCAGAAAAGAUGAAUAAUACGUGGGUGGCAAAUGAGGUGAUUUGGCUAGAAGGAGACGUCACGGUCCGUGCUAAACACCCUGUCCUCUAA